CCUGAGCUUUCUCCGGCAGUUGAGCCGUAAAGCGGUCAUCAUGGCGAUGGAAGCCUGGUACAUGGACAGCUCCGAGGAGGACCAGAGGAAGCCGCACAGACUGACCCCAAAUCAGCCCCUUAGUCUGGGCCACCUGAAGACGCUCGGGGUGUUUCACUGGAAGCUGAAUGCUGACGUCUAUGAAACGGACCCAGAGCUGGAGCAGCUCCGCAGAGACCACGGUUACUCCUUUAUGGACAUCAUCUCCAUUCACAAGGACACACUGCCCAACUAUGAGGAGAAGCUGAAGAUGUUCUUUGAGGAGCACCUGCAUUUGGAUGAUGAGGUCCGUUACAUCCUGGACGGCCAGGCCUACUUUGACAUCAGGGACAAGGAGGAGCGCUGGAUCAGGAUCGCCAUGACAAAGGGCGACCUGAUCACCCUGCCGGCUGGCAUCUACCACCGCUUCACCCUGGAUGAGACUAACUACACCAAAGCCAUGAGGCUGUUUGUGGGGGAGCCGGUGUGGAAAGCUUACAACCGGCCCGCCGACGACUUUGACAUCCGCCAGAAGUACGCGACGGCCUCCAGCAGAGCCUGCUUCUUCUGGGUGCUGCGCGACGACUCCAGCUCGUACAUGGUGGUCAGGUUGAAGAGGACGCUCUCGUGGAGGUAGAGUGCGGGGUCCUGC